AGUAUGCUCAUUCCUCGACUUAGGCGUUCAUUGUUAAGCCCAUAACGAAAUAAACACAAAGAGAAGUAGCACAUCCAAGACCAAAGAUCAUCAAUUUCAUCAUCCUCAUCAAUGGCUGUCCAAGUUUAUAUUGUGUAUUACUCAAUGUACAGGCAUGUGGAUAGACUAGCGGAAGAAAUAAAGAAAGGAGUUGAUUCUGUAGAAGGUGUUGAGGCCAAACUAUGGCAGGUACCAGAGACAUUGCCAGAAGAGGUGCUUGGCAAAAUGAGAGCACCACCCAAGAGUGAUGUGCCAAUUAUUACCCCCAAUGAACUCUCUGAGGCUGAUGGCUUUGUCUUUGGCUUCCCCACAAGAUUUGGAAUGAUGGCAGCGCAGUUCAAAGCAUUUCUGGAUGCAACUGGAGGCUUAUGGAAAACACAACAGCUUGCAGGCAAGCCUGCUGGAAUCUUCUACAGCACUAGUUCCCAAGGUGGUGGACAAGAAACAACAGCGCUUACUGCUAUAACUCAGCUGGUUCAUCAUGGAAUGCUAUUUGUUCCGAUUGGAUACACAUUUGGUGCUGGAAUGUUCGAUAUGGAGGAACUCAAAGGUGGAAGUCCAUAUGGUUCAGGAACUUAUGCAGGUGAUGGUUCAAGACAACCAACUAAGCUUGAGUUGGAGCAAGCAUUCCACCAAGGCAAGUAUAUCGCCAGCAUCACAAAGAAGCUCAAGGAAGCUGCAUAAUGUUGUUGAGUCAAUUAAGAUUUACAAUUAAAGGAUGAAUGAGAAUGAUUAUUUUUUAGUCCUAGAAUGUGUUGAGUUCUGUUUUUUAGGUGGUUGCAUGAUGUUAUAGUUUUUUAUAUUUAAAAAACAAAAUACUUUGUAUUGAGUUCUAUCCUUAUGUUACGCGGUGAAGUGUGGUUAUUGAAAUUUAUUAAAUAAAGGAAGUUUGUUUUGUCUUUGUC